AUGACUAAUCCAUAUCCUCCAGCACCGCUGAAGCGGGAUGCCCCGGCACCUGCCCCUGCAAGCAUGACCAACGACGCAAAGAUCACUCCCAGUAGCAUCAACGACCUUUCCCGGCUUCUCCCGCCCGUACCCUCAAUCCCGCCCGCACCAGUUGUUUCCGGCAUCAUCACUAAUGGAAGGGGUACGCCCAUCGGUCUAAGAGACAUCAGGGUUCCCUUUAUGCCCGGGCAGGAAGAGGCGCCUGAUCGCGAUCACAAGCCCUCGAGCAAGACGGUGUUCCAGCCCGUCGGGUCUUGCAGCGCUGGAGGCCCUCAAGGACCCGCAACCACCCAAGUCAAGUACGGCCUGGAGGGGACUCAAUCGCUGGAGGUGGUGGCGGUGCCGCCUCCCUCGAACCGCAUAUUGCAGGCCAUUGCACCGCUAAACCCCGCCCUCCACACCCUCCCUGCCUUUCCCACUCUCCCCUCCGGUCACCCAGCGCCGCAGCCGCAGUCGCCGCCCGAGAAAUCACUCGCCGAACUGAUCGCAGAGGCGGAGAAACGGGAUGGCGAGGAGGCGUGCCUCACACACAACCGUCGCCGCGUCUUCAUCGACACAAGCACCCGUGCUGCAAACUCGCACCCCGAACUAGUCCCAUCGUACCUGCCUCAGCAGAAACCAAUACCUCCGCAACCAAAGGCCCUCCGCGGCGUAGCGCUCCUGGGCCUCUGCACGACGCUCGAGAUCAACGCUCUGCCUGACAACGAGCGCAUGACGCUCAGAACCCGGCUGUGCAAGAUCCUGCUCGCCCGCACGACCGAGAACAGAAUGUACUACAACGCGGCCACGUCGCGUGCCGAGCACCUCAACGAGGUGUUUGAGUGCGGCGUGCUCGACGCGUUCGAGUAUGCGGGGCUGGACCUGAGCAGGCGUGUGUGGGUUAAGGCGACGAAAAAGACCCCCGAGGGCGGAAUGGCCAUUGCGGGGGAUGAUGUGGGUGCGCUCCUGUGGGUUAAGGGCUUGGUGGGGGAGAUGACCAUGGACGACGUGUCGAGGAGGGAGUUGGUGCUGUGGGCGAAUAAUGCGAGAGUGUUUUCAUUCCCAUAA